AUGGACUCACUAUCAAAAAAGAUUCAGAAUUUAGGUAUUCACGAUUUUCGUAAUGCCGGAAGAUUUAUGCAGAACAUGAUUGUUCAAUAUGAACCUUACCAAAUUGAUAUUAGAAGAGCUACUAAUACAGAUGCCUGGGGUCCAACUACAAAACAUUUGCAGAAAGUCAUUAGAAAUAAAUACAGCGUCCCUUUGUAUCUGAUGACUGAGUACGUUUUGAAGAGAAUUGUUGAUCAUCUGGCCAAGAGACCAAAAAACUUAUAUGAAAAGGCAAGAAAAGAAUAUGUAAAUUACGGUAGUGAAUGGAGAAUUAUCUUGAAAUGUUUGAUUGUCAUCGAGUACUUGCUUUUAAACGUUUCUGAACCAGAAGAACUGAAUCAAGUUAAAAGUUGUUUAGAAAAUCAUAAACAGAUUUUUAAUUCGAAUAUUUUAAAUUACAAAAUCGAAUUCUGCAACGAUGGUAAAAUGGAAGUGCAUGAAAGAGGUAUACAGAAGAAAUGUGAAGUUAUCAUCAAUUUAGUAGAUGAUCCUGAAUUUUUAAGGGAAGAAAGGUCGAAAAACAAGAAAAACAUGAUGAAAAUUCAAAGAUCAGGAUCAGAAUCAUAUCAAGGCUCUAUCUCUUCAUCUGCUUCUUCUUCAUCCGCUGCAAAUUACGAAUACAAUGCCAACGCAAUGGACUCGAUAGAGUUUGAUUUAGAAGAACAUACUUCCUCGUCUCCUUCAGUCGAGCCACAGCAAAGAAACCGCAGAUUGUCAAAUAUCGAAGAACAAAGAAAACAGAGAAGAGAAAUACUAAGAGAAAGAAUCAAACAAACAGAACAUCAACGUAAAUUAUCCCAAAACUCAAACCACGAUAGUGACGACCUAUUUAAAAACGAUACAAACAAGAUGGAUAAAUCUCAAGUUCAAGCAAACGAAAAUGUCCCUGAUCUAAUAGAUAUGGAUUUCGAUACUACCCCAUCCACAACACCUGCGGCCACUACAACCACUGCAACUACCACUACAACAACAACUGCUGCUGCCACCCAAGAGGAUGAUGCUGACGAGUUUGGUGACUUCCAGAGUGAUGCCAACCCAACUAAUAAACUCACAACCACUUCGUCAAAUACAGAUGCAUUUGCAGACUUGUUUGCAAACUCAAAGUCUCUCAUAUAA